CGGUGGGUUAUUACACGCUCCCGCUUCUUUAUCCACACAACAAUCGGUAGGGUAGGUCAGACACCACACCGUAUAUUUCUAUGCAUUUACGCUGAUCAGUUUUUUUAAGCCUUCAAUUCCUGUUCAAUGGCCUUGACAAUGUCGUCUGCUCGAAUAAAUAGAAAACAUUUCACAGAUGUGCCUUUCAUGUCAAGCAUGCAUUACCCAUUACUUCUUAAUUCAAGAAGGAUUUGCAGAAACUUCCUUCAGCAAUACACAUCAAGAAAAUUCAUGUCUAUUAAGAUCAGAGUCAAAAGUGUCAACCAAAUGAUUUCUGACACAAAUCCACGUCGUUUCCAUGGAUUUGCAACUAUGGCAGGGCGGGGUGUGGGAGAUGAUACUCAAUUAUUUGAAGAAGAAUCUCCAAUGAAAUCAUUUACCUGGCCUGACUUGCGGAGGGAACGAAUAUGUAUUCUAGGUGGUGGAUUUGGAGGCCUUUAUACUGCUUUACGUUUGGAAUCCCUUUUGUGGCCCUCUGAUAAGAGACCUCAGAUACUAAUUGUGGAUCAAUCAGAUCGUUUUGUUUUUAAGCCUAUGCUAUAUGAAAUCCUUUCUGGAGAAGUCGAUGCAUACGAAAUAGCACCUUACUUUUCAGAACUACUAGCAAAUACUGGUGUGCUAUUUUGCAAAGAUAAAGUUAAGGCUAUAUGCCCUUGUGAUAGUGUAAGAAGUAAUGCUUCACCAACUUCUGGUAUUGGUGGAAUUGUUCAUCUUGAAAGUGGAAUGCAAGUUGAAUAUGACUGGUUGGUUCUGGCACUUGGUGCAGGAGCAAAAAUGAAUGUUCCGGGUGCUUCUGAAUUUGCUAUACCAUUUUCAUCUUUGGAAGAUACUCUUAAAGUGGACAAACAUCUAAGAACUUUGGAACGAAAAAAAUUUGGGAAGGGACAGCCUCCUAUUCGUGUCAUAGUGGUUGGAUCUGGCUACUGUGGGGUUGAGUUAGCUGCAACUGUUGCAGAGAGAUUGGCAGAUCGAGGCAAGGUGCAAGUUGUCAAUGUGGCAUCAACUAUUUGCCCAAGUGCUCCAGCUUCCAACCGCGAGGCUGCUCUUAAAGUUCUUCAAGCCAGAGAUGUCCAGUUUUUUUUAGGAUAUUUUGUGAAAAGUGUAAGAAAAUCUGGCAGCUCUAAAAAUGAUGAACAAUAUGAAGAAACUUCUGUCAUGCAUAAAGUACCUGCUGGGGAAGAAGAAGACACAUUUUUAUUGGAUCUUCAACCUGCAGAAAGGGGUGGGCAAAGUCAGAUUCUGGAAGCAGAUUUAGUACUUUGGACUGUGGGAUCCAAACCUCAGAUUCCAUCUAUUGAGGGCCAGGCUUUUCCUUUAAAUGGCAUGGGACAGGUAGAGAUUGAAGAAACCCUUAAAGUAAAGGGCUAUCAUCGAACAUUUGCAGUUGGGGAUUUAGCAGGUUUGAGGGACCCCUCUGGAAGACUUCUUCCAUCUACAGCACAGGUAGCAUUUCAGCAGGCAGAUUUUGCUGGUUGGAAUCUUUGGGCAGCAAUCAAUAACAGGCCUCUUCUGCCAUUCAGGUUUCAAAAUCUAGGAGAGUUGAUGACUCUUGGAAAGAAUGAUGCAGUAUGUACCUUAAACUUUCAAGAGGGUUUAGUCUUAGAGGACCGCGUAGGUUAUGCAGCAAGGAAAUUGGCAUACCUGUAUCGAAUGCCUACUGAUGCACACAGAAUUAAAGUUGGUCUUAGCUGGUUGGCAAAAUCUGCAGUUGAUUCCAUUGCAUCUUUGCAGAGUACAAUUGCACAAGCUUUGGAGAGCUAAAACAUUACUAAAUUUAUUUGGAAUUAUGGCCAUGUUUAUGUAGUAUAAUGUAUGGUUGAAUUUGGACUAUACUUUUGGGCAAUACAUACAGGUUAAUUAUAAUGAAUUUCUUUAAUAUAUGUCUUUGGAACUUUUUUGA